AUGGCCUCGAUGGCUCAGAUUUCUGCUGGUCACUACCGGUACUCUCAGUAUCAAGAGCACCACCCUGCUUAUCGUCAGCAACACCACCCCUCAUACCAACAUUGUCACCACCCCAAGUCUCAUCGACCACACCCUCAAUAUGAGCAAGCACCACCUCUACCCCCUCGCCCACGGCGCCAACAGCACCAACACCACAUAGCAGAGCUCGAAGUGCCUCCCUGCAUCGCCGUUGAAAUGCCGGCGAGUCCCGUGCAGGAGAACCCAACCCUCCGCGAGCUCCCCGACGACUCUUCGACAACCGCUCUAGUCACUACUGCACACUACCUCAACCCAAGAGCAUCAUCCUCUCACCUUUCGGCCACAGCACACAGCCGCUCGUCAACAUCCUCUCUCGGCAGAGAGCCUUACUCAAUCCCGCUGCCGCCCUCCCGAACCGCGACUCCCACACCCCCAGACCUCAUCUCCAACACCACCCAUACCGGCUCCUCCUACUCCUCCUCCUCCAUUGCCCCGGAAGACUGGCCCCGCACCCCCGUCGACUGCCCCCCAGCAAACUACCCACAGGCCAAGGCCCCAGCCCUCAAGCUCUUCGGCAGCAAAAAGGCUAAGCGCUGGCUCGACAAGACGGUCGACGGUACCCAGGACCGCCUGAACUCGGCCGUCAAACCCUACACCUCGAACCCGCGCUACAACCCCAAGAACUGGACCACCAUCGCCCAGGCCGCCUCCCAUCGCUAUCUCGAGGGAAAGCUCUACGGGCCUGAGGGCCGCUACCCUCACGCCGGGGCUAUCGAUGAGGGUGUCGUUGGGAGGCCCAAGCUACCGGCGCGGCCCGUGGUGGCGCCGGCGGACGCGGGGGCUUUGGUCUUGGCUAGGGAGCCCGAGGUUGAGUUUCCGGCUGUCGGGCUGGCGCCGUUGGUUAUCAGGGAGAAGAAGAACAAGCAAAGCCACUAA